UAAUAAAGGAAGUGAUGAACAUCUGCGCCCUGUUCGAUUACCUGCAGUACAGACGGGAAACAUCACAUUGAAGUGGAGCAGCCGCGCGUUCGCGAGUAGAGGCGCGUGUCACUCUCUCUCUCUCUCCAGAAUUCAGUGGCGCUUUUGCAGAGUGUCAGACCAGCUCUGUGGAAAUCAUGUCUUUGAACACUAUGAAGAAAAGGCUCCCCCAAUAAACGUUAAAAAAGACGCCUGACUGGAACAAGCCUGUUUGAAGUUCACUCCAUCAUCUACUCAAGUGAAACACGCGAGGAUGCGCAAGUCAAUCGGAAUCCUUUGUGCUUUGACUUUCCUGGUUUCGUGCAGCCGUGGGGCGAGAGUUGUGAGCGGUCAGACAGUGUGUCAGGGCAGUCCUGAGCAGCCGUGCUACAAGAUCGCUUACUUCAGGGAAGUGUCGAGUCGUGUUGCAUUCUGGGAGGCUCAGCAUGCGUGUGAAAUGGAUGGUGGUUCAUUGCUGAGCAUUGAGAACACAGCAGAGCAGAAGCACAUCGAACAUCUUCUGCGGGAACUGAGCGUCUCCACUUCUAUCAGUGCUUCCGGUGGGUCGGGCAUCACAGAUGGAGACUUCUGGAUCGGGUUGACACGUGUGGAGGACGAGACCGCACAGGAGCCUGGAAGUUUUGCUUCGUGUCCUAACCUGUACAGAUGGACAGAUGGAAGUGUCUCACAGUUUAGAAACUGGUAUGCUGAUGAACCAUCUUGUGGAGGAGAAGCUUGCGUGGUGAUGUAUCAUCAGCCCACAGCUCUCGCCGGGCCUGGUGGGCCGUAUCUUUAUCAAUGGAAUGAUGACAGGUGCAAUAUGAAGCACAAUUUCAUCUGCAAGUAUGAACCAGAAAGUUACCUGGUAAAAGUGCAGAGCGACAAGCCUGGAGGGCCUGAUGUUGAUCUUUCCUCAGAAGAACAAGAGGAGAGGAGACCGUCUCCUGUCGAUCAGGACGAGAACCCUCAACUUAUAAUGCCAGGGCCCUCAAGUAUGCUGCUAAUCUACGUGAUUAUCCCUACCAUCCCUCUCCUCUUGCUGAUCCUGGUGGCUUCAGGAACGUGCUGUUUCCAGAUGUUAAGCAAGAGUAAACCACGGACCAAAACGAGCGUAAACCAAUCAACUCUCUGGAUUUCCAAGACGCCAAAGAUAGACAGUGGCAUGGAGGUUUAAAGAAUCAUCUCCACGAUUCAAACACCUCCAUUUUUCUGGCUUUGUCAUCUAUGUUGCUUUAUCACCAACGCGUUCGUCCGGUGGUUAGUUUAGUGUGAUUUAGUAAUACUAGUCGAAAACGCGCAACACCGGCAGAGCAGAUAAACACAUCGAAUUUCUGUACAAAUGUUGUGCUUAAAGCUGCUCCUCAGCCUCUCAUAGUUUCUUAAAGAGACAGUUCACCCAAAAAUGAAUAUUCUGUCAUUAAUUACUCAUCUUCAUGUUGUUCCAAACCUGUAAGACCUUUGUUCAUCUUCGGAACACAAAUACAGAUAUUUGUCCUGAAAUCCAAGAGCUUUCUGACCCUGCACAGACAGCGACGCAACUGACACAGUCAAGGCCCAUAAAGGUAGAAAGGACAUCGAUGAAAUAUUUCUGGGCCUUGAAUGUGUCGGUUGCAUUGCAUUGUUUAUGCAGGGUCACAAAGCUCUCGAAUUUCAUCAAAAAUAUCUUAACUUGGGUUCCUAAGAUAAACUUACAGGUUUGGAACAACAUGAUCAACAUAAUUAAUGACAGAAUUGUCAUUUUUAGGUGAACUAUCCCUUUAAGUCUAUGAGUUUCCUGUUCACUCCCAUGACCUUAUUCUCCAUUUCAGGUUUCUUGUCAGAUAGUCUGACCUAAACCUACUGAGGGCUGUUUAGGGAGGGUGAAUAUUAAUUGGCAGUAAACACAGUGAGCAAUUAAAUUACUGUAAUUAAAACAAGUACAAGUGGGAACCACAUAAAAAGAGGAAUUAAGUGUUCCUUCUGACAGCGAAUAGGGUCACACAUACUGUAGCUAGUGACACAGUUAAGAAAUGAAUCACUAAAGAGCAUAAAAGGACUAAAAGGUUUUUAGAGAAUUAGACUAAUUAAUGUCUCAUUCAAGAAUGAGUGGCCUCUUUAAUCUCAGACGUUUCUCAUGUAUUGCCAAUGAUGGCACAAUAGUUGUGUGCAUACAAUUGAUUAUUUAGUAGCAAAAGAUUUAUUUUGAAACAUACGCGAUCAUUGGCUUAUAUAGUGACUGUUCUGCUCUGCAGCUUAUGAGGACGUUGUCAUAAAAAAUGAAGAAUUCAUAAAAAAUGUACAUAUUUUUUGUAUGAUGUGACUGCAAAGCUGCUUUAAGCUGCCACUGUUAUAUACGCAGUUUUUUGCAUGUGAAUAUUUUAUCAUGUCCUUUUACAAUACUACAUAUAGAAAAUAUCAAAGCUAAAAAGUAUUAAACUGGUUUGCAUCAUAGUGAUAUUGUAUCAGAUACCGAAAUUAGUCAGUUAGACGUCUGUACAGGAAGAUGUGUUACUGUGAGCGUGUGUUUGAAUUCAAAUGUGCUGUUAAUACUUUUUAUAUUUUUGAGAUAGGAAUUGGACGUGUACAAUGGAUUAAAAAUAUUUAAUU